AUGUGGGGGCCCCGGGAAGUUUUAGAGGGAAAGGGGGAGGGCGAUUUUCUCUUCCCGGGAAAACCCCGGCCCCCCCGGCAACCCCCCCCGCGCCCGGGGCGAGUUGGUCGGGGGAGGUGGGGAAGCCGGGCGAUUGUGUCCCCCGUGCGGUCCGCGGCGCCGCCGGCCGCGCUGGGAGUGCGGGCUGCGGGACUGGGGGCCUUACGGCUUGCCGGGCCUGCCACCCGGGAGCUGGCAUCCGGGGCGCCCAAUCCCGGGCCCCGCCGCCCUUUGGACUCCCGGCCCGCGCUCUCCUGGAGCCCGCCGGGCCCCAGCUCCGCGCAGGCCUCGGGCCCGGCUCCUGGCGCCCAGGCCGGUUCCUGCGCGCGGUGUCCGCGGCUGCGCUGGGUUUGCCAGGGAGCGAAGUUGCGCGCUCUGGGCGUGUGCCUCCCCAACCCCGAGAGGCAGAGGCUCAGCUACCCUCCAGCUCCACCGUCUGCGUCGGCGUGGGGGCUCCGAGCUCGGAGCUCAGUGCGCCUGGCUGUGGAGAGGCCCGCAGUGGGGCCUUUUCGCCCGCACGUCCUGAGGGCCCUUGUUUAUAGACUUCAGAGGGUUAGAGGGAGGCGAGUCCCCUACAUCGUCUGCCCUACCGGGCCUGGUGUAUUCCUGCCUGGUGCUGGGCCUUCCCAGCCAGGCCCUGGGGCAGGGUCGUGGAGACCCCACUCUGCCACCUUUCCUGGAGACGAGUCUGAUGCCCGGCUGAGAUUGUUUCAGGGUCUGGAGAAAAGAGGCCUUGGGGAAGGGCUUCUCAGGGUCUCACCUCUCUCCAGAGACUCUUUCUCCAUCUGCCUUCUUCCUCCGCCUGAACCCUGUGGGUUCCAGAGAGGCUCAGGCAGCCCCGUGGGCUCAGGCCCAGAGCCCGGAGCAACCAGCACAAUAGCGUCCAACAGCUGGAACGCCAGCAGCAGCCCCGGCGAGGCCCGGGAGGAUGGGCCCGAAGGCCUGGACAAGGGCCUGGACAACGAUGCGGAGGGCGUGUGGAGCCCUGACAUCGAGCAGAGCUUCCAGGAGGCCCUGGCCAUCUACCCGCCCUGCGGCAGGCGCAAGAUCAUCCUGUCGGAUGAGGGCAAGAUGUACGGUCGAAACGAGCUGAUCGCGCGCUACAUUAAGCUGCGGACAGGGAAGACACGGACGAGAAAGCAGGUGUCCAGCCACAUACAGGUUCUAGCUCGGAAGAAGGUGCGGGAGUACCAGGUUGGCAUCAAGGUCUCUAGCCACUUGCAGGUUCUAGCCAGGCGGAAAUCUCGGGAGAUUCAGUCCAAGCUGAAGGCCAUGAACCUGGACCAGGUGUCCAAGGACAAAGCCCUCCAGAGCAUGGCGUCCAUGUCCUCUGCCCAGAUCGUCUCCGCCAGUGUCCUGCAGAACAAGUUCAGCCCGCCCUCCCCUCUGCCCCAGGCCGUCUUCUCCACUUCCUCACGGUUCUGGAGCAGCCCCCCUCUCCUGGGACAGCAGCCUGGACCCUCUCAGGACAUUAAGCCCUUUGCACAACCAGCCUACCCCAUCCAGCCGCCCCUGCCACCGACACUCAGCAGCUACGAGCCCCUGGCCCCGCUGCCCCCAGCCGCUGCCUCCGUGCCCGUGUGGCAGGACCGCACCAUCGCCUCCUCCCGGCUGCGGCUCCUGGAGUACUCGGCCUUCAUGGAGGUGCAGCGAGACCCUGACACGUACAGCAAACACCUGUUUGUGCACAUCGGCCAGACGAACCCCGCCUUCUCAGACCCGCCCCUGGAGGCCGUGGACGUGCGGCAGAUUUACGACAAGUUCCCCGAGAAAAAGGGAGGCCUGAAGGAGCUCUAUGAGAAGGGGCCCCCCAACGCCUUCUUCCUCGUCAAGUUCUGGGCGGACCUGAACAGCACCAUCCAGGAGGGCCCGGGCGCCUUCUAUGGGGUCAGCUCCCAGUACAGCUCUGCCGACAGCAUGACCAUCAGCGUCUCCACCAAGGUGUGCUCCUUUGGCAAGCAGGUGGUGGAGAAGGUGGAGACCGAGUACGCCAGGCUGGAGAACGGGCGCUUCGUGUACCGCAUCCACCGCUCGCCCAUGUGCGAGUACAUGAUCAACUUCAUCCACAAGCUGAAGCACCUGCCCGAGAAGUACAUGAUGAACAGCGUGCUGGAGAACUUCACCAUCCUGCAGGUGGUCACCAGCCGAGACUCGCAGGAGACCCUGCUGGUCAUUGCUUUUGUCUUCGAAGUCUCCACGAGCGAGCACGGGGCCCAGCACCACGUCUACAAGCUUGUCAAAGACUAGGGGCCCUCGGAGCCGCCACAAGGCUGCAGAACUGGCGCCUCUGGGGGGUCCAGGAUCAAGGACUCAUCCACCCACCAGGCAUCUGGCCCGGGACCCAGGAGGCCACCCCGCCCACCCCCAGCACACACACUCCCUGCCACUGUUCUGCGCUUUAAAUGUGGGAGAAGAGAGGAGGGCUGGGUUGUGGGGCAGCCAGGCUGCAGCGGUGACCCACUCUCGCGCAGCUGUGUGGCUUGAGUGACCUCAGAGAGCUGGGGCUGCAGGACACCUUCGGGCUCCAGCAGGUGUGGCCACUGGCUGUCCCCUCAGGGGCGUGUGGUGGGCGCAGAGGCCCUAGGAGAGGAGUGGCAAGUUGGGGUUGGGUUGGAAAGGGCUCCCACUUCCUCACAUCCGCUGGGUGUCAGGCCCCUUGCAUGCCUUAUACUGUCCACAGAGCCUGCAAAGCGGGCAUGAACUCAGUUUCAGGCGAGGUGCCAACGUAGGGCCCCAGGAUGAGCGAGUUCUCGCCAGGGCUGCUCAUCCUGGAGCCCAGGCUUACACUACCUCCCUGGAGCAGGGCUGGCCGCAUGGGGAGAGUGGGGCAGUGUCUGCCCAGGGAGUGAGGGGGCCUCUCUGGGGGCCUGGACAGAGCACCCCAGGCAGAAGGGCCAGAGGGCUCUGCAACAGCUACUAGGCCUGUUAGGCACCCUCUCUGCCCGAAAGCCGCCAGGGUCCCAGGAGCCUCCAAGCAGCCCCUCCCCUCCACUGUCCAGGACCUGGUAGAGGAAGGCGGAGUCCCAGCCUCCGCACAGGCCCCAGGAGAGGUAGCAGGAGGCCUGGAUAUUCCCCCUUGCCUGAGACCUGGGGUCGCCAAACCCUGGAAGGGUCCUGCUGCCUUCUGGUCUUUCCCACCUCAGUCCCCCUGCCCUGGGCCAGCAGCUGCCCAGACCUUGUUCUGGGGCUGAGGGUCAACCCUUUGCCUGCCCACCAGCCCUCUGGGUAUUUAUGAGUUUCAUAUGAAGUACUGUGCCCCUUCCUUCCUUGCCCCACCCCGCCCGAGCUUCCUGAAGGUCCUCACAGUUUGCAUACCGCUCAGGCCACCCCCAACCCCCACCUAGGUUUUAUAAUGUAUAUUAUAUAUAUUUUUGUGUAUUUUUUAAAUCCAGCUGUGAUGGGUUGUCAUAAAUGUGGCUCUGGGCUAGGGCACUGGUCCUCAAGGCCCAGCUCCUGCUCAAAAACAGAAUUAAAGUUAUGUUUGUGGGUCUGCCACGUGACCGGUUACGCACCAGAUCCUUGGUUAGAACACCUUAGGUGGCCACGGUGCCCCUCGAGGCCCUGGUGUCACCCCCACCAUGCUCCUUCCUAAGGAAUCUCAGCCCCGUUUCCUCACGUUUCUCCCAGCACUGGCCUGAGCGCCUCCAGGUGGUGACCUGCGCUAGCCUCCUGAAGCAGUCCACUUCAUGGGUGCCAUGGCUACUGCUGGUCAUCCUGGCCCUGAGGGGUGAUGGCUCUCCCUCAGUGGAUAGCUGAGCCACCUAUAAGGGGUUGAGAAGUCUCACGACCUAGUUUUCCCAGGAGACUGCUGACCCAACCAUCACAUUGAGAUAAAAUGUGCUCAUCAAGUCCAGGUCUCAAGUUCCAACUGCCCAGGGUCUGAGUCCUGGAGGACCCACUAGGCCCAGGGCUAGUCAGUCUGUACUCAGUCUGUACUGUGCGGGGGUGCAUUAGCAGACAGCACCCAGUAACCAUCUGGAGUGCAAAUAUCAGUGUUUAGUCCAAGGGGAGGGGAAUCACCUACACCCAAUUUUAGCUUCAGUAUGUAAACUUGCAGCUGCACAAGGGUCCUUUAAAGUGCAGCAAAUACACAUCUUUUAGCCCCACUUGCCCUCCUUAGCUACUGAAAUUCACAGCUCCUCCCUGCAGAUUGCAGCUUUUUAAGGCAGAAAGCGGAAUCUCUCAUGGGCUGGUUCACUCCCCAAAUGGCUCAUCCUGGUCUCCCAAACACGUGGGCUCUCCCAAGUGCAUGAGCUGGACCCCGUACUGAAGGUGGAGGCUUAAUCACCUAUGCCACGGGACUGGGCCCAGCCUGCAGCUCUUACUUAAAGCCAAGUUCCAAUCUAAAAGCUACAAUGAUCUGACCUUGACUUCAGUAUUCACAAAGCUGAUGCAUCUGAAAGCAUCAAUCCUGGAUUAACCUGUUAGUUUGCAAGACCAGUUAAUGGGCAUUUUCCACACCAUAAGCCACCUUUCCAGUCCUGGGUUUGCCUGGGACAGGGCUGUUCUGAUGCUGGGUCCCAUCAACCCCAAUUCUGAGCUCUGUUGCCCAUGUUCCUGAAUAAUUUACCUGCUGCUACUGACCAAACCAGAACAAGAUUUGCAACAUUCAACAGAGGGCCCACAAACCCACCCAAGGACCCAUGACUGAUGGAUGGUGUGUAUGAGGAGUUUCAGGGCUUAGCUUGAGAGCCACACACCCUACAGAUGGAACAGGACUCCACACUGAUGGCAGCGGGACAGGGUUCACCCACCACUAGCAGUGCCCGACCACCCCUCACCAAGGAACAGAAAGCCCUGACACCCCGUGAGCUCACGAGGCCCUUCAGCCCCAAUCACAGGCAGACGGGACGGUGGCACCAGGGUUUAUUAGGGUGUGCUUUAGUACAGGCGCUGGGGCUUGCCCAUGGUGCUCUUGAUGUACAAAGCCCGGACAUUCUGCCAAUUCUUCUUCAGCAGUGACACCAGGAAGUUGACAGCCAGGUGGAUGUUGUACACAAGCUCAUCGUCUGUCAUCUUCACGUGGCCAACUGCCACGGCCAGACACAGCACCUGGGGGAGAGGGGAGGAUUGGUCCACAUGGCAGCCGGCCAGGCCAGCCCACCCCACCCUCGGUGACCAGCUGUGCUUGGGCCCAGGGAGAGAGCUGACCAAGGUUAUUCCAGACCUUGUCAAUGCAUCCACUGAAGUACAGGCCAGGGAACCUAACGGCUGCCACACUGAGCGACUGGGUAAAACCUGAACCCUCUGCACCUUCACCCACAGUUCUUACCUUCUUCAUCUGGAACUUGAUUGUGGACUUCACCUCAUCGACUUUGGCCACCAUGUUCUCAUUGUGUGUCAGCAGGGAGGGGAACUUGCCAGCCUUAUUUAGGCCUGGGCCCAGGAUUCGUGGGAUCUGCUUAAUCAGAGA